AUGAUUCACGUAGCGUGUGUUCAAGAGACUAGGUGGAAGGGGCAAAAAGCAAAAGGUAUUAAAGGAUAUAAGUUGUGGUAUGCAGAUAUGGACGGCAGACGUAACGGGGUUGGCAUCCUAGUGUCUAAUGAUAUCCUAAAGCAAUUGGUUGAAGUAAGGAGGUGUAAUGACAAGAUCAUACUAGUUAGGAUAGUAGUGGGGGAAGAGAUCAUAGCCAUUGUCAGUGCGUACAGGCCCCAAGUUGGUCUCGAACGAGCAGGCGAGAAAGUUUUCUUAGGAGGAGACUUUAACAGACAUAUAGGCAGAGAUGCAGGUAACUAUAGCUCGGUACACGGUGGGUUUGGUUUGGGGAUAAGGAAUGAGAGUGGGGAGAAUUUGUUGGAUUUUGCGCUAGCAAAAGAAUUGGUUAUAGCAAACUCGAUCUUUAGAAAGAAAGAUGAGCAUUUGAUCACAUAUAAGAGCGGCGACCAUGCUACCCAAGUUGACUAUUUCCUAGUGCGCAAGGGUGAUUGGGCCUCAUGCUUGGACUGUAAAGUAGUGUUGGGUACAGAGAUGCCCACCUAA